AUGGAUAUGUCGAAAGACUGGAUGGAUACACCACGUCAUGAGAAAGAAUAUCAAGUUGGUGUAGAAAGAUUUUUACACUUUGCUUUCUCAUCAAAGGGAGUUCCUCAAGGGGAAGAAAUUCAAUGCCCUUGUGCAAAGUGUUGUAAUAUAUUCUGGUUAAAGAGAGAUGACGUAUACGAUCAUCUAAUAUGCCACGGUUUUGUAAAAGGUUAUAAGCGGUGGUUUAAUCAUGGGGAAUCACUUUUUGCUAUGGAUAUUGACAGUGACAUAGGCGGUGAAUAUAACUGCAAUGAUAACAUUGAUGAGUUGUUACGUAUCUCUGCUAAGAAUACUGAAAAUAGGUUGAAACAAACAUGUCCUCACCGAAUGGGAUCCACAAAUUUUGGAAUAGUGCGUAAGCAGCUGCGCGACUCUAAAGAGAACAGUGAAGAACCAUCAAGGGCUGAAGUUUUCAUAGCAACUCGCACAAGUAAAAAAGGAAAAGAAAUUGAUGCUAAAACACAAGCCACAAUUACUGAACUUCAGAACCGCUUAGAAGCAGGAGAAAAUGAAGAGGAUGCAUUUGUAGGAGUGUUAGGAAAGGACCAACCAGGUCGACUUCGUUGUUAUGGGGCUUCGAUUACAAGAAGCUCUCUUAAAAAAGAUGAGGAGAUUCGCCACAUAAAAGUUGAAUAUAACACUAAGGUCUCAUCAUUAGAGAAGAAGAUGGAUGGUGUAUGUGGUUUAUUAAAGGUAUUGGUGCACCAACUCAACCCUGGAAUGAGCAAUGAAGAGGUAACAGCCUUAGUUCAAGCUGCCCAAGAUUCUCCUGUGGAUACCUCAAGUAGCAAAGCAAAAAAUACUCCUCGCUCCUCCGAAGCAACUCACAUUCCACACAAAGAUGAUGAUUCAAGAGCCUAUGAAUAUACUUCCAUGAAGAACCUGAAUGAGUCCGAGAAUGGAUUUUGGGGUGCUCUGGCCAGGAAAGCCAAAUCAAUUUGUAGUUGUUCAUUUGUGUUUUUUAUUUUGCAGGGCACAGGUCAAAACAAUUUACCUUGCAAUGAUGAUGCAUGAAGUACAAGAAGACUUUGAUUAGGAAUUCUAAUUCAUGUAUUAGGAAUUUCACACUUUUGGUAUUUUGAAGAUGACUUUGAUUAGGAAUUCUAAUUCAUGUAUUAGGAAUUCAUGAGUAGUUUUGAUUUUCACUUUUGGUAUUUUGUUAGUGUAUGUUGUUAUGUGAUCACACACUUAUUUUGGUGACAAUUUUAUGAAAGUUGGA